CUUGCGGUCACACUGCUUUGUUGCUUCUCAAACGAAAUAUUAACAAUAAAUAUAUUUUUCACUUUACAUUUAUUUACUUAAAAAUGAUGCAGAUGAAAGAAUACAAAGAAGUGCCGCAAGACGCGCCACCUGCCGCACCUGGCGAUAAUAGUAAAAGCCCUGAGCCAUGGAUGAGCAUUCCAGUGGGAAGCAACUGUCCCCAAGGCCUUGAGUACUUGACGGUGCUUGACCAGUUGUUGGUCUCGCAGAAAAUCGAGAAACUGGAGCUACUCACUGGCUUUGAGGCAGCGAAUCGCUUUAAGGUGAAGAACUCUUUGGGACAGAAUGUCUACUCCGCGUACGAAGAGAGCAAUUGCUGCACUCGCAACUGCUUGGGCCCAGCUCGUCCAUUUGAGAUGAAGAUCUUGGAUAAUUUCCAAAACGAAGUGUUUCAUCUGACCCGUCCAUUUCGCUGCGAUGCCUUGUGCUGUUUCCCCAGCUGCUUGAAUAUCUUGGAAGUAUCAGCACCACCAGGUCAAGUGAUUGGCACUGUGGAGCAGGAGUGCACAUUCCUUAGACCCAAGUUUGUGAUUAAGAAUACUUUCGGCGAUGUUGUGCUCAGAAUUGAGGGUCCCCUAUGCCCUUGGAAAUGCUUCAGUGAUACCAACAUGAAGGUAUUCAGCGUAAACAACGAACAAAUUGGCAAGAUAACCAAACAAUGGUCCGGACUUGGACGCGAACUGUUUACCGAUGCCGAUUACUUUAGCGUCACAUUUCCCCUCAGUCUGGAUGUGCGCAUGAAGGCGCUGCUCUUAGCCGCCGUAUUCUUAAUCGACAUUAUGUAUUACGAGCAUUAGAGAGCAACAAACAGCAACCAUCGACAACUUCAUCGACUGCUUAGUUGUUGCAUUUUAAGUUUUCUUUGAACUGCACGAAUCUUUACUACACGUAACCAACGCAAGAACAAAAGUCUAUUGGCUAUCAGAAUCUCCACACAACCUGCAUCGAAAUAUCGUCCCGCAUUUGUUGAUUCUAGCUCUUAAUCUGAAUGCAACUUGAGAUUAACAUUGCCAGCAACGUGCGCACAAAUAUCAUUUUGAAAAGGCACUUCAACUUAUAUUCUAGCUUAUAUUUUUUUAUUCUCGAAUUUUUUAUUACAAUAACUAUAUAUUUAUAUGUUAUAUACAUACGGAAAAGACGUAUUUGUAUUUGUCAGACACUGACAUUUGGUUGGCAUUUAACGCACAAUCCCACGCACACACAAAAUACACCACUUUUAACACACACAUACACAACACACUAUUAACACAAAUGAUAGAAAGAGUGCCUUAAAAAAGUCCUAGUUGUUGUACACUUUAAGUCCACCCCAACCCAAAGCCCCGUCAACUGGCUCCAGAUCCGAGUAUAUAUAGUAGCUAUUUUUGUAUGUACUUAAAAACCGAAAUCGAUUGUUAAAAACGUUACACGUUAUUUGGGACUAAAAUGUUAUUUGCAUUCAUUUUGCAUUGAAUAUUUCAUGAAUUUUUAAACUACCAAAAACCGAACAAAAAACACUUAGUUAUGCUGUAUUUUCUUGACAUAAUUAUUGUAUAAUAAAAGAAAUUCUAUUUUAUAUAAACCAAAUUGUGUGCGGCAUAUAUUUACAAACAGUCAUGUAAUUAAUUAAUGAUACGAUUUUUAAGAUGGGAAUGUUAAGUUUGCAACAACUUCACUGCUUAAUUGUUCUUGGCAAAGUACUUGGUCUUCUCCUCCGGAUUGGGCACAAUCUACAAAAAGGAAAUACAAUUCGAUGAUAGAACUAUGCGAAUGCUUUCUCUACUUACGGUAUCUGCGCCUGGUUUCCAGCCAGCUGGACACACUUCACCAUGGGUAUCAGUGUACUGGAAGGCCUGAACCAAACGAAUAGUCUCAUCCACCGAGCGACCCACGGGCAGAUCGUUCAUGGUGAUCUGGCGCAGCACGCCGCGCUGAUCGAUGAUGAACAGACCACGCAACGCAUGGCCACUAGCCUCCAGAUAAACUCCAUAGUCCUUGCUAAUCUUGUGUGUCAAAUCGGACAACAGUGGAAUCUUAACACUGCCCAAGCCGCCUUCCUUACGUGGCGUAUUGAUCCAGGCCAAGUGUGUGAAGUGUGAAUCAACGCUAGCCGCAAUCACCUCAGUGUUGAUCUUACGGAACUCAGCAAUGCGAUCGGAGAAUGCGAUAA